GGCUCCAGAUUCACCACACGGACUGGAAGGGCUAUGAAAGUGAGGAAGGCUUGAUGUAGGGGUUUUUAAAGAAGGCUCGAGAAGUGUUUUAUUAUUUUUUUAAAGGUGGCAAACCAAAGAUUAACAGAAUACACAGCUAAAAUGCUCUGCCACGUUACUCGUCCGGAUUCAGUGGUGAUGGAAGUGGAAGUUGAUGCGAAGGCGAACGGUGAAGACUGUCUGAAUAAGGUUUGCAGAAAGUUGGGCAUAAUUGAAGUAGACUACUUUGGGCUGCAGUUCACGGGCAGCAAAGGAGAGAACCUGUGGCUGAAUCUGAGGAAUCGCAUCUGUCAGCAGAUGGAUAACGUGACGCCGUGUCGACUGAGGCUGAGGGUCAAGUUCUUUGUGGAGCCCCAUCUCAUUCUGCAGGAACAGACGAGACACGUGUUCUUCAUGCACGUGAAGGAGGACCUCCAUAACGGGCACCUACGGAUGGGCUCGGAACAAGCCGAGGAGCUGAGCUCGCUCCUGGCACAGGCAGAGUUUGGGGACUACAACCAAAACACAGCAAAGUACUGGUACUCCGAGCUGUGUGGAGAGGAUCCCAGCACGGCCACCAUGAACAGCAUCAUUUCCAGACACAAGGCUCUGGAGGGUUUGGGCCCGGGCUCUGUGGAGUACCAGGCCCUGCAGCUGGUCUCCUCUCUGGAGCAUUACGGCGUGGAGUGGCACUGGGCGCGCGACGCAAACGGCCAGCGGCUCGCCAUUGGAGUCGGCCCUGAAGGCAUCGCCAUUUGCAAGGAAGACUUCAGUUUAGUCAACAGAAUAAGCUAUCCAAUCAUCCAGAUUGCAACCCAGUCGGGGAAGAGUGUGUACUUGACAGUAACCAAGGACACAAAUGACAGCGUGGUGCUUUUGUUCAAGCUGAUCAGUAACCGGGCAGCCAGCGGUCUGUACCGAGCCAUUACAGAGACACACGCCUUCUACAGGUGUGACACAGUAACCAACGCAGUGAUGAUGCAGUACAGCAGAGACUUUAAGGGCCACCUAGCUUCCCUUUUCCUCAACGAGAACAUCAACCUUGGCAAGAAGUACGUCUUCGACAUCCGACGCACCUCCAAGGAAGUGUACGACCAAGCCCGCCGCGCCCUCUACAAUUCGGGGGUCGCUGACCUGGGCUCUAGCAGCGGCGAGCGCUCCUCUCCUUCGCGCUCCCCCAGCCGAGACGACCCCCAGGACGAGGGGCUGGACUGCGGCAGCUGCCAGCAGAGCAGAGCGCUGCAGGAGCGGCUGCAGAAGCUCCGGGAGGCUCUGCUGUGCGUGCUCUGCUGCGAGGAGGAGAUCGACGCUGCGUUCUGCCCCUGCGGACACAUGGUGUGCUGCCAGACCUGCGCAAACCAGCUGCAGCUGUGUCCCGUGUGUCGGUCGGAGGUGGAGCACGUGCAGCAUGUCUACCUGCCCACCUGCACCAGCCUGCUGAACCUGACGCUGACCGACAACCACCAGCACCGCAGCCCCCCCGCACCCAUCCACAGAGAACUGGCUUCUCCGCACAGCUGCUCUGCAACAGAGUACGAGCACAAGAUCUACCACACAUAGAGACAACUCCACCAAACUCAAUUACGAACGCUUUGAAGCAAAACCAGCCAGAUUGAGGUUUCACGAAAGAAGAAACAUUCCUCGUCCAUCUGUGUUUCCUGCCCAGAAUCCAAGAACUACCAAACAUUCAGAAGCUCGUGAGCAUAUUCAAAGAUGGACACACUCAAACCACUCCCUCAACUAGUGUGUGCGUGUGUUUUAUUGUCAUUUCCCUUUGGAUUGUCACUUUGUCUUGUUGGUUCUUUGUAUUUGUUUGCAUGUCAUCUGUCCAAAUCUUAUUUUAAGACGGCCCCUGCCACAAGAUGAUUUUAGAUUAGGCUCUUAUUGUCCUUUAAGUUAUUGCAUCAGUUGACCUGGUACAGAAUUGUUUUAUUCAUUUGUUUUUUCUUCGUUCCAUUUCAGACUCCUAGCCCCAGAACCAUAUCGUAAAAGUAUGUGCUUAGAAAUGCACAUUACCCAUCUUUAUUUUAACGAUUUGACAUUUUAAAGCUUCCGUUUUUGGAUUUGAGAACUAUAUUUUAUGUAUAGUGAAAUCUGUUUUUAAUCCAUAUUUAAUUUCUUGUUCUUCAUGUUCUCUAUGCCAAUUAGGGGGUCUUUGGAGGCUAAGCAGCUGCUCAGGGUGUAUCGCUGCAUACUAAUCGGGUGCUAAGGCCACCAUGGUCCAGUUUUAUGUGAUCUCUGGAUUAAAUGCGGUUCUUUUAGCAAACUAGAAAUGUGACCUUGAGUGUGAAAUGCAGUAUCUUACUUUCACAAAGGAUGUUGGAUUUUUCCAACAGCAGCUGCUUCCUCUAAAAACCUCAGCUAUACAUUUCUUUCUCAAGGGUGUACUAUUGAGUUCCUGUCUCGAUAUUUUUUAAAAGGGUACUAGGAGAUCUGUCUGUGCAAUACUUGCUUGAUUUUUGAAAAGCUUUUCAGUUUUAUUUAAUUUCAAAAGACUAUUUAAGAAAAAAAAAACAUUGUCACUUUACCAAGGAUGUUUGUAGAGGGAUUGGCCUUAAUGUAGCAGUGACAUCGUGUUUAUUAUAAACUUUCCACAGACUUUUUUUCUGGUAAGAAAAGGAAAACUUUUAUUUCUUUGACGCUGACUCGAUUAAGCUCAGUCACUGCAGGGGAAGGACUUUUAUGUUUCACAUUGUGCAAGUAGCGAUUUGUUUCUGUUUUCUGAAGCAAAAGCCACCAGAAAUAAAUCCUUUUUAUAUAUUCAGUUUUUUUUAACGAGAAAGUAUUAAUAAAGUUUUUAAAAAACAAA